AGUUCCGAGCCCAUCCAAAAUACUUGAAUCCAAACUUUAUACGUAAAAGUAUUGGGAUGGACUGUUGUUCAGGUAUCAAGUAUUAUCUAAACCGUAUUCGAACAUGUAUACAGAAAUACAUGAGAAUCAGAUUCUUUUAAGAAUUUUAUGAAUCUGAACCCGAAUAAAUAAUCAAAAAUUUAACAAAUAUAUGAAACGAAUAUUCAAAACAACUCAUAAACUCGUUUUUGUUUUUGUUUUGAUCCUAAAAUGUUAAUUUUUUAGUUUUGAGUUUAGGUAAAUUUAAGUAUAUUUCAAGAAAAAAUUCAAAUUGACAUGAAAAUUUUAAAAUAUUUAAAAAUCCAAAAAGAAAAUUAAACCUGAAUAGGUAUUCGAAUCUGAGAAUCUGAGAAAAUCUGAGCUGAAUCAGACUGACGAUGUAAAAUAUUGGAAUGUUUCUAUACUUUUAAAUUCGGACAUUUGAAAUAUUCAAAACGAACCUAAAGGCACAUCAUUAAGGGCAUCAACAUCGCAGUCCUUAACCAAAGUCGUUACAAAUUAAAACAUUAAAAAUAAAUCAAAAUAACAUAAAACCGAAGCAAACGUAUGUUAAUUAAGAAGUUUUGAUUUCGCGUCCUUAAGACCACGUGUCAUCGUGGGAGGGGAAGCACAGAUUAGGGUUGGGAAAGCAAAAUAAACCGUCUCGAAGUCAUUCUCAUCCUCUCCUUUCUCUCUCUCUCGACGGCGAUUUCAACCCAAUCAAACACCUCUCGGCGUAGCUGUCUCCGUCGCUGUCUCCGUUGCUGUCUCCCUCGAUAUCUCCGAGGAUCUCUCCGUCGCUGUCUCCCUCGAUCUCUCCGUGGAUCUCCCGUCCAUCUCGCCGUCUAUUCCCUCCGUGUAUCUCUCCGUCCAUCUCUUGGCGUAGCUGUCUCCGUCGCUCUCUCCCUCGAAACCUUCCCAGAUCUCUCCGCCGAUUCGAAUCUUUACCAGGCAAUGGGAUUGGAUUAUUCGUACACGCAGCCGUCUGAGUCGGAGGAUUACGGUUUAAGAGGUUCAGCAGACAGUGGAAACAGCUCUACAGAGAUGUAUAUCCAGCUGGACCAAGCUCAGAUCGAAGCCGCGCGCCAUCAGUACCCUCCGCAGCCUGAAGUGGAGUUUGGCUUCCCCAAGGAGUGCUACUGUGGUGGAGAGCCACUUGUAGCCACUUCUUACACAAGAACUGACCCGGGGAGAAGGUUCUACACCUGCAAGAACAAACAGGACGGAGACUGCCAUGUCUACAAGUGGUGGGACGUCGCGGCUACAGAGGAGAUCAAAGCACUUGGUGCACAAGUGACCCUCCUCACUGAUAAGGUAGAUUUGCUUUCAUUCGUCGGUUACGAGGAGACCGAGCUGCGGGAGUUAAAGGAAGUUCAAUUUGAUAUGGAGCAGAAAUUGGUUAGGUUGGAGAGCAUUGUAUGUGACUUAGGUAGAAAGAAAUCUAGAUUUGGUUAUGGGUUUGAACUAGUUGUAGGUGUUCUGGUUGUUGUGUUAGUGAUAAUAGCCAUAGGAGUAGCUGCUCGUAUGUAGGUUUAUAUGUCUUGUGUUUAUCGAAAAUGUAUGAUUAUUCUUGUGUUUUGUUAAAUCUUGUUCAACUCGGAUUAUGUAACCCUAUCUAACUCGGAUUAAAUCUUGUUUCAAAGUCUUGA